CUCAAGAACAGAUAUCUUUUUUUUCCCAGUAAUGGUACAUUACAAAUAAUGAAUGUCAUCAGAAAUGACAGUGGUAAUUAUACAAUGGAAACCUUUAAUUCAGAUGGAAAAAGUUUGAAGACACACACUCUUCAGUUGAUUGCUAUAGCUCCUGUGUCCUCUGCCCAGCUGGUCCCUGAAUGUUUGUCUCAGGGACAGAUGAAGGUGUCCUGUCUCUCAGAGGGAGGCGACAGUCCUCAGUACGGAUGGACAUUGAAUGGACACACACUGACAGACUCUGAGCUUCUCUCUGGAAAUAAUGAGUCUAACAUCAUCGUUCUGAAGGAAAGCAUCUCAGGACAUCUGGUCUGCUCAGUCAGAAACCAAGUCAGUGUUUCUUUCAAACAAAUACAAUUAUCUACCUGUGUCCACCAGCUGCUCCACCCCCUCUCUGUAGUUCUGGUCGAUGUCAUCACUGAUGAGGCCCACCACCGUGGUGUUGUCAGCAGACUUCACGAUGUGAUUGAUGGUGAACCUGGGGAUGCAGUCGUGCAGAAACUACCUGUGAUGGCAGAGAAGAUGGAGCUCUGUGUCUUGAAUGGUACAUUACGCAUAAUGAAUGUAAUCAGAAAUGACAGUGGUAAUUAUACAAUGGAAACCUUUAAUUCAGAUGGAAAAAGUUUGAAGACACACACUCUUCAGUUGAUUGCUAUAGCUCCUGUGUCCUCUGCCCAGCUGGUCCCUGAAUGUUUGUCUCAGGGACAGAUGAAGGUGUCCUGUCUCUCGGAGGGAGGAGACAGUCCUCAGUACGGAUGGACAUUGAAUGGACACACACUGACAGACUCUGAGCUUCUCUCUGGAAAUAAUGAGUCUAACAUCAUCGUUCUGAAGCAAAGCAUCUCAGGACAUCUGGUCUGCUCAGUCAGGAACCAAGUCAGUGUUUCUUUCAAAAAAAUACAAUUAUCAACCUGUGGCUUCAUAUUUAUAAACUGCUCUGUGAAUGGGACACAAAUACCUAGAUGGGUACCUAAAGAAAAUCAAACCCUGUGUGAUGAAUCAUUCCCUUUAUUCAUUAAAUUUUUCAUGGGUAAAGAGUUACAUUUAAAUCCACAAUUUAUCACAAAUACAUCUAUAAAUCAAAUCUAA